CAUCUAAAGCUCCAAGCCAAGCCAUUAAGCAAGCAGAUGCAAUUGUGCUUUCACCACCUCCUCUGCUGCUGUAAGAAGCUUUUCAGACAGUCCUCCCCCGACAACAUGCUGCUUUCACACCUUACUACAUUACUAUGCACCGUGGGAAUUGCAUUUUCCGCCAAACCAGCGGUUGACAAGUUCCAGCGUUUCCAAUCGCUAUCUCACCCCAAUCCUGUCGACCUAAACGAUGCGACAUACAAUGAGAUCACAGCUGCCCCCCGUGACUACUAUACCGUCGUUCUUCUCACCGCUCUAGAUAGUCGCUUUGGCUGUGCCCUCUGCCGAGAAUUUCAACCUGAAUGGGACAUAAUCGCCAAGAGCUGGAAUAAGGGCAAAGUCGACGAUGUUAAAUUGCUCUUUGGUACCAUGGAUUUUAACAAUGGCAAAGAAACAUUCCAAAAGCUCAUGCUACAAACUGCCCCUGUCGUAUUAUUAUUCCCGCCUUCUAUAGGACCCUCAGCAACGCCAGACGGUUCGCCUUUCAGGUUUGAGUUCAGUGGCCCAAUUUCUGGUGAUCAGCUCUAUACUUGGAUAAACCGUCACCUUCCCGACGGGCCAAAACCACCUUUGGUGCGCCCAGUUAACUACAUGCGAGUUGCUUCGGCGAUCACUCUGUUGCUUGGUACAGUAACUCUCUUCACAGUCGCAUCGCCAUAUGUCUUGCCCGUCCUUCAAAACAGAAAUAUUUGGGCCGCAAUUAGUCUCGUGUCCAUCCUGCUCUUUACCAGCGGUCACAUGUUUAACCAUAUCCGCAAGGUACCGUAUGUCGCCGGUGAUGGGAAAGGUGGAAUAAGCUACUUCGCCGGUGGAUUCUCAAAUCAGUUUGGCAUGGAGACCCAGAUUGUAGCUGCAAUCUAUGGAUUACUGUCAUUCGCAACCAUUGCACUGGCGCUGAAAGUUCCCCGUAUGUCUGAUGGUAAAUCUCAGCAGGUGGCUGUUGUGAUCUGGGGGGUGGUGCUUCUUGGAGUCUACAGCUUUCUUCUCAGCGUCUUCCGAGCAAAAAACGGGGGUUAUCCAUUCUUCCUUCCGCCUUUCUAAGGACUCUGAUCCAUAUGUAACUAGAGUCUCCCCUAUACCGUUUGGUUGAUGCUGGCGUAUCGACCAAGAUGUUCUUUUUUUUAUCCCUUUUCACCUUUACCCAAGCGGGUUUGGUAACCAAAUCGACAUUAUGAGAGUGGCCUGUAUAAAUAAUUUCUUCGCAAUUUACAUUAUGCCAGUUAGAAUCCAGAAUAUUCAUAGUUCUCAAUGAUCUACAGAUCCCCUGUCUAGGAGCCUUCCUCUCAUAUAUAGUCCAUAGUAGUUAACUUUGGUGCUUGCCAACUUGUAUAUUAGAUUGAUGUGGGGCUACC